AUGGCAUCGUGCUGGUUGAAGGUGAACGGUUUCAGCCUGAUGGUUAGGUCGUUCAGCGGUAGAGACGUGUUUUCAGAGGUAGAAUUUCAGUCUGUGAUGUGGGCUGGUGAGGCCUGUCUCCUGUGGAACGCCUUGAACAUCACCUGGCAGUGUCAAGUGCACCGGAUCGUCGGCACAACCUCUUCUAGAGUGAAAUUAAUAUGCUUCUCCGUUGAAAUGUCUUCACUUUUAGUUGGCAAACCGCACAAGUGCAACUACUGUGGAAGGAGCUACAAACAGCGUACUUCAUUGGAGGAGCACAAAGAGCGUUGCCAUAGUUACCUGCAGGGUAUUGGCCUGGGUCCGAAUGCAGACGCUGGUCCGUACACAGGUGAUGUUCCGAAAGAUCCAAGGUCCAUUGCAGAAUCUAACGCCAUGGCGACCUUUGACCGGCCACCUGUAAUUGAAAGGCUGCCCAGCAAUGUAGGCAAAAGGAAGAGCACUACUCCUCAGAAAUUUGUCGGUGAAAAGAUGGUGCGCUACGGCUUCCCUGAAUUAGGAUAUGACAUGGGUCUUAAGUAUGACAAGCAAGCUGAACUGAUGCCACCCCACAUGAUGGAACAGGCGAUCACCAAUGCAAUGACCUACCUGGGAUCGGAGCCUCUUCGGCCGUUAAUCCACCAUCCGGGUCCUCCUAUGUCUAUGGCUGAUGUGGUGCCACUAGUCAACCCCCUCUUCCACCGUGUACUACCCAUAGGCCAACGAACAGAGCGCCCAGGAAACUGUGAAACGCUGCAACCACUACCACCUCAACCCCCCGACUUCCCCAGUCAUCCCAUCUCAAACGGCCCCACCGCCUUAAGGCAAGGCAAGCAGCCCCAGCCAGGACAAGAGGAGUCCCCCAACCACAGCGGGGUCGAAUCCGCCGACUCCGCUCGCAGCAGCCCGCAAGAGAGGCCGGGAUUUCACGGGAGAGACCCUCCAUCCGGCCUCAGAUCACGAGCCAGUCCGGCGACGGUCUGUUCCGGAGAUCGAGUGGUGGAACCGUCGCCUCGAAGCGGAGCGGGAAUGGGACCUGCACUAAUGCGAGUGCCUGCGGAAAGGCCGUCGAGCCACGAAGGGGUAAGGGUGUUCGCACGUGAAGGCCACGAGGUCCGGGCCUUCCAAUGUGAGCACUGUCGAGUGCUCUUCCUGGAUCACGUCAUGUACACUAUCCAUAUGGGUUGCCAUGGCUACAGAGAUCCACUCGAAUGCAACAUUUGCGGACAUCGCAGCAAAGAUCGGUAUGAGUUCUCCUCCCACAUAGUACGUGGUGAACACACGUUCCAGUGAGAAGAUGGGAAGGUAAAAGAAAAUUAAAAAAUUGCGAACAACAAAAAGAAGGGAAAGGAACUCUAGCCUCAUAUCCGUCCUUAUCCCUUAGACCUCUAUGACUGCACAGUUGAACGGCACUGUAGACAAUUGUAGCACAAUCAUAGGCUUCUUUUUAAGCUACUUGUUGUGAAUAUCAACAGUUGAACAAUCAUAUGAAGGUAUGGGCCAAAGACACAUUUUCUAUAUAUUUAAUUAAAACUUGUUGUGGAGAAGGAAAGGAAAAGCUUUCUUUCCUUAUUAAAAAUGUUUAGUUCUUUUAACAGAGCAGCUGUCGGAUGACUUUGACUUUUUAGAAUACUUUCUCUUUUUAAAUGUCUCCUUUUUUUGUCAUGUUUUCUCACGUUUCAUCCUGGAUAACUUACAAAAAACAUGAUCAUUUAACUCCAUCCUGCUAAAGAAGGAAAAAAAAAAACUGGUGAUGGUAAUAUUUUAGUAUUUUAUCCUUCAUCCUUUUGGAUUUAAAUCACAUUUCCAUCAUAGGAAUAUUAAAACCAACAUUUAAAAACAGUCCCAAACUGUCGCGGUAUCAAAGAGGAACAAUUACUGCGACACGUUACGCUGGACACGUGGAGUUCUUUGCUAUAAGAUACUAAAACCCAAAGCUCAUUUUACUUGUUGCUUUCUCUGCGAAUCAUGGUGUGAUGCACAUAAUUAUUCAUGCUGUGAUGCUGUGUGUUCAACCUGCAAGCAAUUUGCCGUGUAAAUUGGAUUGCCAAUUGCCAGUAAUAUGGUUGACUUACUGUUAUUGAUUUACCUAAUUAUCUGACACUGCAAAGUUUUGCAACAGUUGUGCCAUCGUCUUCAGUAUUUUGUUCAUUUGUUCUG